CGGUAGGCCCGGCAGGACAAUGGCGGCGGCCUCGGCCUCGGUAACGGCGGCCUCGAGUCCCGUGUCGGGGCCUGGAACCGUCGUCGGAGGCAGCGGGCCCGGUUCGGCUUCUUCGUCCUCGUCGUCGUCGUCGUUUUCUUCCGCCGGCCCUUUGUCGCUUUCCCGCCGGAAAGACGGAGGCCCCGCCGGGAAAUUCUGGGAAAGCGCCGACACGGCUUCGCAGUUGGAAGCCGCCCGGGUUUGGCUGGCUAAGCAUUACAAGAAGUAUGUCCAGGCCGAUGCACCGACCAAUAAAACCCUGGCUGGGCUGGUUUCCCAAUUGCUGCAGUUCCAGGAAGAUGCCUUCGGAAAACACGUGGCCAAUCCUGCCUUUACCAAGUUUCCGGCCAAGUGCUUCCUGGAUUUCAAAGCUGGAGGAACGUUGUGUUACAUCCUCGGUGCCGCUUACAAGUACAAGAACGAGCAAGGAUGGAGGAGAUUCGACUUGCAAAACCCUUCACGGAUGGACCGAAACGUGGAAAUGUUUAUGAACAUCGAAAAAACAUUAGUGCAGAAUAACUGUCUAAGCAGACCAAGCAUCUACCUCAUUCCGGACAUCGAGCUGAAAGUGGCUAACAAGCUCAAAGACAUUGUCAAGCGCCAUCAGGGGACCAUCACAGACGACAAGUCGAAAGCCACACAUCAUAUAUACCCUGUUCCUACCUCACUGGAUGAAGAUGACUGGCUGAGACCCGUGAUGAGAAAAGACAAGCAAGUUCUGGUGCAUUGGGGUUAUUACCCAGACAGCUACGACACCUGGGUCCAUGCGAGCGAAGUCGAAGCGGAGAUCGAAGAGCCUCCCAUUCCUGAAAAGCCCUGGAAGGUCUACGCCCGAUGGAUCCUGGACAUGGACGUUUUCAACGAAUGGAUGAACGAAGAAGACUACGAGGUGGAUGAGAACAAGAAGCCAGUCAGCUUUCGACAACGGAUUUACCUGAGAAAUGAAGAGCCGGUCCGUAGCCCCGAACGACGAGAUAGAAAGGCAGCUACCGGGACCCGGAAGAGGAAAGCCUCUCCUUCACCCCCACCACCUCCCACCCCGGUGGAAUCCAGGAAGAAAGUUGGCAAGAAGGGACAAGCCAGCCUCUACGGGAAGCGACGCGGUCAGAAAGAAGAGGAGGAGCAGGACGAUCUGACCAAGGACAUGGAGGACCCCACCCCUGUGCCGAACGUUGAGGAGGUGGCCCUUCCCAAAAACGUCAAUCCGAAGAAGGACAGCGAAAACACCCCGGUCAAAGGAGGCACCGUCGCGGAUCUUGAUGAACAAGACGAAGAGACAAUGACGGCCGGAGCAAAGGAGGACGAGGAUCCCAACAAAGGGGACCAGGGACGAUCCCUCGACACCGGAGAAGACAACGUCACUGAACAGACCAACCACAUCAUCAUUCCCAGCUACGCCUCGUGGUUCGACUACAAUUGCAUCCAUGUCAUCGAACGCCGGGCGCUUCCCGAAUUCUUCAAUGGGAAAAACAAAUCCAAGACUCCGGAAAUAUACUUAGCAUACCGCAAUUUCAUGAUCGACACCUACCGCUUGAACCCUCAAGAAUAUUUGACCAGCACGGCCUGCCGAAGAAACUUGACCGGCGACGUUUGUGCAGUCAUGAGGGUCCACGCCUUUCUGGAGCAGUGGGGGCUGAUCAAUUACCAAGUGGAUCCAGAAAGUCGACCCAUGGCCAUGGGACCCCCACCCACCCCCCACUUCAAUGUGCUGGCGGACACCCCUUCGGGACUCAUGCCGCUCCACCUGCGGACCGCUCAGAUUCCAGCUUCCCAACAAAUGCUGAACUUCCCGGAGAAAAACAAAGAAAAACCCACCGAUCUGCAGAAUUUUGGCCUCCGGACGGACAUCUACUCCAAGAAAACUUUAGCCAAGAGCAAAAGCGCCAACGCUGGCCGAGAAUGGACAGAACAAGAGACUCUGCUUCUGCUUGAGGCGUUGGAGAUGUACAAGGAUGAUUGGAAUAAAGUCUCCGAGCAUGUCGGGAGUCGAACCCAGGACGAGUGCAUCCUCCAUUUUCUCAGGCUCCCCAUCGAAGACCCUUACCUGGAGAAUUCGGACUCCUCCCUCGGACCCUUGGCCUACCAGCCCGUCCCAUUCAGCCAAUCCGGGAAUCCGGUUAUGAGCACCGUGGCUUUCCUGGCCUCAGUGGUGGAUCCUCGGGUGGCUUCGGCGGCCGCCAAAGCAGCUUUAGAGGAAUUUUCCCGCGUCCGAGAAGAAGUCCCUCUGGAACUGGUGGAGGCCCACAUCAGGAAGGUCCAAGAAGCCGCCCGGGUUUCGGGGAAAGUGGACCCCACUUAUGGGCUCGAGAGUAGCUGCAUCGCUGGAACGGCCCCUGACGAGCCAGAGAAAAUGGAUGGAGCCCAAGAGGACAAGAUGGAGACGGACGCAGACGCCCCACAGACAGAGAAAGUCAAGGUCGAGAGCAAAGGGGAGAACGAAAUAGACGCAAACAAGCUAACAGAAGGAGAUGAGGAGAGAAUCGCUGAAAAGGAGCAAGAUAGCGACGUGUCUCAAGAUUCGAAACAAGACGACAAGAACGCUGAUGACAACAAGGAGAACUUCGACGUCGGCAAGGAGAAGGAAGUCGGUGGCGGGAAGCGGCGCUCUGAGCACGAACUCUCCGAAGGGAACGUCGCCACGGCUGCAGCUGCCGCUCUGGCUUCAGCCGCCACCAAAGCCAAGCAUCUGGCUGCCGUGGAGGAACGGAAGAUCAAAUCUCUGGUGGCCCUCUUGGUGGAAACCCAGAUGAAGAAACUGGAGAUCAAACUUCGUCAUUUUGAAGAGCUGGAAACCAUCAUGGACCGAGAGAAGGAAGCGUUGGAGCAGCAAAGACAGCAGCUGCUCACCGAGCGUCAAAACUUCCACAUGGAGCAGCUGAAAUACGCCGAACUCCGAGCCCGGCAACAAUUAGAACAGCAGCAGCAACAACAGCAGCAACAACAGAGCCAGAACGCACAACAAUCGCACCAGCACACCAGUGGUCCAGGCAUGAAUCCUCUGGGGACAGCCUUGUCAUCUCACCAGCAGCCUCCCCCUUACCCCAUGAUGCUUCACCAGAUGCCCCCACCUCACCCUCCUCAACCAGGUCCCAUCCUCGGACAGGGCUCCAUGAUGCCCGGACAGCCCCUGCCAGGCCGUAUCAUGCCCACCGGGACCACCAACGCCCCUUCAGCCACCAGCACUAACAUCCCACCCUCAGGCACAGGGAACAUCGUCGGCCCCCGGGGGCAGCUGGCCUCUCCAAACGGCUUGUAUCCUCAGCCGCCGCCUCCUCCUCCUCCUCCUCCAGCCGACGGGGCAACGCCGCCACCCACAGGACCCAUCCCGGCCUCCACAGCACCCUGAACACAUCCUCAACCAGGACCUUCUCAAGCUCUGGAAGAUGCAGCCAACACCACCGUUCCUCCAUGUUCUGCUCCUCUUUCUCCCAGCUUGUCUUCCCACCCCAAUGUGUCGUCCAACUCACAGCACCCAUAGUUUCGGGAUGGGGGUGGCAGUUGUAACCCUUCGGGUGGGACUUCUGACCCACAGCUGGUUCAUCUUGGUACUUCAAUCUCCUGGCCAUCAAGGGCUUCCAUCAUCAUCAAAAGAAUUGGAAGGGGUCCACUGAGAUUUUUUUUGGGGGGGGGGGAAUGAGUCAGUGGUCCAGGCUGAGAACCAAGAUGGACCAGCUCGGUUCCGUGAAUUGGGGGGUGGGGGGGGUUCCUCAUAUCUUGAGAGUUCAAGGUGACAAUUCUUCUGGGAGAUGACUCCAUCUCUUCCAGGUGGGCAGGGUUCUCAGAACAUCAUUGUUCCACACCUUCUCCUUGGACCUGGAGGAGACACACUCCAUUUUCCCCUUCCAGCCCCUUCCCCACCUUUCUGUGGCUCCUCCCUUCCUGCAGCCCACCCACCCAACUGCUACCAUCGCCCUCCACCACCAUCAUCAUCAGUUCUCAAAACUACCUCUUAGAAAACAGCUGCACUGGGGGGGGGCAAGCCAGCAAGCCAGGACCCCCUUUGGGGUCCUGAAAGCCCCCUCCCAUCUUUCAUAGGCACACACACCCCCAACCAUACUGUAUCCCAAAACCCCUGCUUAACUUUGCCCGCCUCUCUUCGACCCACCCUUUAGAAAUGGGGAGUGGGCUACUGGCUUGAUGAGGCCCCGGAUACUCACAGCCGCGCCUGGUUUUCUUCCAGCCUUAACAGGUGCCUCGCCAGAAAAAGUGGGGGGACUGUCCGGGAUGCCGAGGCCAGCCAUGCCACCCUCCCCACAAACACAAACCCUCCCUUUUGACACCCGAAAUUUCCAGAAGUUUUUUCAAACCAAGCUUUUCCCGCAAAAUGAUGCACCCUUUCUAACUGCAUUUUGGGGGCGGGGGACGUAUGGGGCCCCCAAAUCUGCUUCACCACACUCCCCAUCCCCCUGCCAGUUGUGAAGAAUACAACGGUUAUGUAGGGUAACAAUGGUGGAUGUCGCAACCUCUUAUUUGGGGAAGAUCUUGUCCCCUUCUCAAUACCCCCCCCCCUGGAAAAGAGCUCCCUUUCUCUUCCCAUCCCAUGUGUGGCCCCCACCCUUCCUUACCCUCCGAAGCACCCUAGGAUUUGUGAUUCUCAACAUGGUUCCUUUUUUGUAGCGAGAUCUCCUUUGGAUUGUAAAAGAUUUGUGAAAAUGGAGAAUUUUACUCUCCCUCUUCUCUCUUUCUCUCUUUCCUUUUUUUUAAGCUCAAUUAGUGACCGGAUCCUGCCGCGUAUGUGUGU